CUUUCGGGACGGCGGUGGGAAGAUGGCGGCCCCCAGGGACCAGCGGGAAACCGUGGAGGCCGAGGGGAGCGCGGGGUGCCGGAGGAGCUCGGGCGUGGAGGUGGUGCAACCAGCGGACCCCGCCGCCCCUGCUCCGCUGUGCCCUCACGGACCUACUCUUCUGUUUGUAAAGGUGAACCAAGGGAGAGAAGAAACCAGAAGGUUUUAUGCCUGCUCUGCCUCUAGAGAUAGGAAAGACUGUAAUUUUUUUCAGUGGGAAGAUGAAAAGUUGUCGGAAGCUAGACUUGCUGCCCGAGAAGCUCAUAACCGAAGAUGCCAGCCUCCCCUAACACGAAUGCAGUGUGUGGAAAGGUACUUGAAGUUUCUGGAGUUGCCCCUGUCUCAAAGAAAGUUCUGUGAGAGAUGUCAGCAGCUGCUGUUGCCAGACGACUGGGAGAAGCAUCAUGAGCAUCAGGUUGUGGGAGAUAUUUCUGUCACCCAGCUAAGAAGGCCCAGUCGCCUCCUUUACCCACUGGAAAACAAGAAGACAAACGCCCAGUAUUUGUUUGCGGAUCGGAGCUGUCAGUUCUUGGUAGACCUCCUUUCUACCCUUGGAUUCAGAAGAGUGCUGUGUGUUGGAACGCCCAGGUUACACGAGCUGAUCAGGUUGGAAGCAUCAGGUGACAAGAAGUCUAACAUUAAAAGCCUUCUAUUGGAUAUUGAUUUUCGGUACUCACAGUUUUAUUUGGAAGAUAGCUUUUGCCAUUAUAACAUGUUUAACCAUCAUUUCUUUGAUGGAAAGGCUGCCCUUGAAGAGUGCCGAGCGUUUUUACAGGAAGAUGAAGGCGAAGGAGUCAUUAUAGUGACAGAUCCCCCUUUUGGUGGCCUAGUUGAACCUCUGGCUGUUACAUUCAAGAAGUUAAUUGCUCUGUGGAAAGAAGGUCAAAGGCAAGAUGAUAAUCACAAAGAACUACCCAUUUUCUGGAUUUUCCCCUAUUUUUUUGAAUCUCGAAUUCGUCAGUUUUUUCCAAGCUUCAGCAUGCUGGAUUACCAGGUAGAUUAUGAUAAUCAUACACUUUAUAAACAUGGAAAGACGGGUCGGAAACAAUCUCCAGUGCGAAUUUUCACUAACAUUCCACCUAAUAAAAUAGUCCUUCCUACUGAAGAAGGGUACAGGUUUUGCCCUCUGUGCCAACGGUACGUGUCUAUGGAGAAUCAGCACUGUGAGCACUGUGACUCGUGCACCUCCAAGGAUGGCAGGAAAUGGAACCAUUGCUUUCUCUGCAAAAAGUGUGUAAAGCCCUCCUGGAUCCACUGUACCAUCUGCAAUCACUGUGCUGUUCCAGACCAUUGCUGCGAGGGCCCUAAAGACGGCUGCUUUGUUUGUGGUGAAUUAGGUCACAAACGCACUGCAUGUCCCAACAUCUCCUCAUCGAAGAGUGCUCACAAAGCUGUCAGGAAGCAGAAGCAAAGAAAAAGUAAUACAGUGAAAUUGGAGACCACUAAAGGACAUCCCAUGAAUCAUCCAUCUGCUAUAAGGAAAAAGAAGAGGAGGGAACGGGCCCAUCAAUAUCUUUGCUCUUAAAUGUCCAGCAACUAGAGAAUAUGAGAGAUUUAUAGGCCAACCUUUGAUGCCAUUUUCUGAAAGUCCCACACACACUGGACUUAAAUGCAGUCACUUGCAAAGGUGGGCACCUGGCUGAGCCAGACACAGGCAGGCUGCGUUCUAAGGUUUGUCAGCCCCUGUCAGCCUCUCUGGAAACCUGGGGAGUCAUUCUGUCUGUAGCUCGUUGACCAGCUCUCUCUGCAUGCCUUCUUUUGCU